GCCGACGAACUCGCCGUCGAAACGCUUUCAGCGCGGCAUUUCGACACGUUUCACUUCAGCUCCUCCGUGUGAAUUAUCGCUCGCGCAUCCUCCCGAAUGAUUAUCAAGCUCGCCUAAUUAGUUUCAUCGAGUGUGCGUCGCUCUAGACUUCAACCGCGAUCGCUUCGUGACGGUCGAAAAGAUGCGCCAUAGGUGGUGUCGCAUGUUUCUCGGUCUCAUAUGCGUGAACUUUUUCUCGGUUUUCGUUAUGUGGAUAUACCUCGACAGCAAGUGCCCGUGUUACGAGACAUCUCGAGAAGGCGGCGGCGUGAAGGGCUUUGAGGGGGCGGCUCGUCAGCGCUCGGCCAUCGCCGGACCACAGGACGACUUCAGCGCCGGAGGAGCCUUGAAGAUGCGCAACGCCGCUCCCCUGGACGACAUCUACGACCUCCCGAACUCCCUCGUCACCCUGGUGCUGCGGGAAUUCGAAUUCUACGAGCAGGACUUGGUAGAGACCGUUCGCUCUUUUCACACGGUGUUUCCGCGCAUGCCGAUUGUGCUGAUCGCCGACGACGUACCUUACCCACCCGUUAGGUUUCCUCGAGACGAAUUCGGCCCUAACGUAACAGUCGUGUCACUCGCGAGGUAUCCGGAUCGCUAUGCCAACGCUACGCGCCUGGAGAACUACGUGAAGACGGAUCUGGUGUUGUUCGUGCCCGACUCGGUGCGCAUGACGCAGCCGGCCAUCGUCACCACCAUGAUCAAACGCGUGUUCAAGAAGCCGCAUCGCCUGGUGGCCGUUCGGGUCGCGGGCGAGAUGCGGCGCUGCCUGAACCUGGAGGUGAACUUGCGCGAGUGGACGCUGGUGUAUCGCAAGGCGCCGCGCACCGCCGAAUUUCGGUGCGACGCGUUCGGGGGCCGCCAUUUGCUCAUGGCCAAGUCGGAGCUGGUGCUGUCGCUCGCCGAGCCGAUGGCGCGUCCGUUUCCCGAGGCGCUGUACGUGCAGACAGCGCUCAGAGACGUGAAGAUUGACAUCGUGGAUAGCCUGGUUGCUCAGAAUGGCCGCACGCUGUUCACAACGGAGCACAAUCGGCAGAAGUUGCGUUUAGCCACUACAAGUCGCCGUUCGCAGCUCUACGCCAACUUUGGAGUGAAGAAAGUCCAUCAGCCCGGCGGGGAAGUCACGUGGCACGGCUGCAAGCGGGACACUUCCCGUUGCUUUGGCACCGUGCUGGACGAGACGCCAGACUACCUGUACAAGGGACGCUGGACGCCGCCUUGUUGCCUGGAAAACUUGCGGCGCACUGCCAGGCACGUCUUUGCCAUACUGGAGAGGUGCAAGACCCGCUACUGGCUCGAAGGAGGUAGCCUCCUUGGUGCAGCCAGGAACCACGACAUCAUUCCUUGGGACUACGAUGUUGACAUUGGCGUGUAUAGUGAGGAUGUGCAGCGCUGUGAGUGGCUGCGGAACUCUCAGAAGGGUUCGGUGAUUGACGCUGAUGGCUAUGUGUGGGAGAAGGCUGCGGAGGGAGACUUCAUUCGCGUCCAGUACAGCAGUGCCAAUCGAGUGCAUGUGGACAUAUUUCCGUUUUACUCCCGUAACGGUGUAAUGACUAAAGACACCUGGUUCAAGAGCCAUCCACAGGACAGGGAGUUCCCAGAGCAUUUUCUGAAGCCUCUGUCCAGUAUUCUUUUUGUCGGUGUGUUUGCAUCAGCACCCAACAACGUCACUCAGUUCCUGGAGCUGAAGUUUGGCAAGGGUGUUAUAGAGAAGCCCCAGUAUCCGAACCCAGCCUUGUUGGCUUAUCCAAAAAGCACUAGUACAUAGUGUUAAAUAAGUGCAGUAAGUGUGAGAAUGCAAGACAUGGUAAUAGUACAUUUUGUCAAAGUAUGGUGUGGAGCCUCUGUUCAUUUUGAAGCAAAGUGUGAAUGUGCAAUUUUUAUUUUCUCCUUUUAAAUUUUUGUAAGCUUCAGCAAACUUGAGAAAGAAAAAUGCAUUCGUUCAACCUUUCGAAUCUUUAUAAAGUGGGCAGUCACUGUGCGAGGAGCUUCUUGAAACAGUAAAUAUAUAUCUAAAAGGGUCUAUAUAAUUAUUGCAGGUGUAGUGCCAUGUCCUCAUUGCUGUAAUGUGUAAAUAUCGCCAUCCGUAGCACUGCCUUUCUUUUUUUUUGUAAGACUGAUUGUACAUGAAAAUAAGAAGCAUUGCUAUUAUGCAUUCACUUGUAUAUCUUAGCACUCCUUGCUGCUUGAGAUAUAGCCAAACUUCAUUAUGUGAAGAUUAAUCCGAUGUGAGAACACCGUAAGUAUAGGCCAUGUUCAGUACAUUCUUAAAUUGCCAAUUAACAUUUUUAGAUUUUUUGUUAUAUGCAGUACUUUAUUAUAUGUUUUCAUUACAUCGAGGUUAAUUGUGCCAGCCUGUUUGUGCAAAUACUGUAAUACACAGUAUUAUAAUUAUCAUACAUUUCUUCCUGUCUAUUCAGAAAAA